AUGGAGCAGCAGCAUGAGCAGAAGCAGGAGCACAGCACGCCGGCCAACCGACGAGGCGCUCAGCAUGGUACCCGACCGUUGCGUGGACCGUGGUACGAGUGGAGCGCCCGGGAUGUGAAUGAAUGGAUGAACCCCAAGAUUUGGUCGGCGCUUGCGUUCUCCAAUCAUGGACCAUCCCUCUGCCACGCCACUGUCGAAAUCAUGUUUGGGUUUGUCGAGAAAAUAUACGCGCCCAUCGGCAUCCCAUACCGCGACGCAGCGGACGCAACGUGGGAUCGAAUAUCCACAAGCAGAGAAGCGGAGAAGGAACAGAAGAGAAAAAAAGAGAGAGGUUCAAGACUAGGCGACUUCAAGGGAGCAAAGGCGGGUAUGGAUGCAAAUGGAUGA